CUUUCAUUACUGUCACGUCACGUCACACAGAUUGUGUAACUUUUACUCGCAAAACUUCCGAACUAAACUACAUAAAUCAAAGUGAGGAAUUUUCUGUGCUUUUCCACAAUGAUUUACCUACAGAAAUGUUGCUGCGUUGUGGAUCUGCGCAUGGGCACAAUUGUAUGUGGCCUCGUUCACGCCAUUGCCGAUCUGUUGGGCGGCUUCUUCAUAAUGAUAACCGCAGGAACGGGAACACCCGAUCUGUGCCACAAGCUGACUAUUUUCUUAAUCCUAGUACAUUUGAUUAGUUGCGCUGGCUUGGUUUACGGCUCCAUUAAGCUAAAGACCAAAUACAUGAUCCUCUACAUAUUGAUGACCAUAGCCAUUGUCCUAUAUCUGAUCCCCCUGUUUGUGGCCGAUGCAAUACUCGCCAUCUGGUACUUUGUAUUGGUAACCUAUUUCAUAAUGUUCUGGCUCUCUUUGUACUGCUGGCUGGUGGCCUACUCCUUCUAUGCGGCUCUGGGCGGUACGCUAUUCUUAUAGACCAGAUCAAUCAAGGACUUAUCCAGUCAAUAUCAAAUUAUUAAUGUAUUCUCUCAUUGCUAAAAUGUUCCAUUUGAGCGCAAUUCAAAAUUGAAAAUAAUUAUAGAAGCCUUUUCUGCCAGCAUAGAAUGUGUUUGUC